UAUAGAUAUAGAGAUCUCCACGACUAACACCUUUAACAGAGCAAAAUAAUUUAGAGAGAUACUAAUCUAGCUUUGUAUUUUCCAGCUGCUUAUGAUCCUGCCAUGGGGAAUGUGGACAGCACUCUUUUCGGAACUCAUCACAGGAACAGCUCCAAGAGCAGCUCCAGCACUGUAUGUUCGGAGCAUGGUGAUGUCCUGAACAUCAUAGGCGAUAAUCAGCAAAUUGAGGGAAGCUUGGACUUCACCGGCAGAAUCAACCUUAUUCAUGAAGGUGUUUUGAACAUCAUAGGCAACGGCAAUACCAUCAAGAGGUUGACCUUUUAUCUAAGGCAGGAUGCAUUCGGAAAGACAGUUAUUGUACAUAAUGAUGUUCUAAUGGUUACUGGCAAGGGUUACCGUGUUACUGGAGCUGAAAACUUUCAAAUGUAUUACGAAAAGUCUUACAUCAAGCACAAAGGCUCACUGCGUAUCCAAGGAAACGGCAAUACCAUUCUUGAUAUUCACAUUCAGGGAAAAUUUGAAGAUGAUUUGACAGCCAACAGGUACUCAGACAACAUUGAAAUUAUUGGCAAUGGAAAUGUCGUCCGUACAGUGAGGCUAUUGAACAAUCAAGUGGUGGGCCCGGUGGACGUGCAGAUAAAUGAAAUAUUAAGCAUCAAGGGCUUUGGCAAUCUCACUCAGGACCUAGAAACAUACACCGAAUAUAAGGAAUUUUUGAUGUAUGACCAUGGUUGUCAUAGCAGUAGCGGUGACUUUGAAUUUAGAUACAUCGACGAGAAUCUAUUCGAUGAGAACAUUACAGAGGCAAUUCAAAAUUAUAGAAGCAAGAAAUGUGCAGAAGUAAAUAUGUCCAGGUUAAGUAUGUUCCAGAAGUGUGAGGACGACGAUCCGCUCUGUCAUAACGCCACUGUAAGCAAUGACCAGAUUCAAAAUGUUCCGCUCCAGUCUUCCUUGUCAACCAGUUCCGGUCAAAGCAAAGGGGAUCCAAGUAACACGGAUGCAUGCCUUCAGCAAUGUGAAAGCCCCACUAGCUCAAGUGUGACUUUAGAUUCGAACGUUCUGUGUCAACAGCUUGCUCACGAAUUGGAAGCUUUGAAAGCACAGCGACUCUGUAAAGUUUGCAGGAGCAAGGACUCGUGCAUGACCUUCACCCCUUGCGGCCAUUUUGUCUCAUGUGAGGACUGCUGCUCAAAGGUUGACCGCUGCCCAGCCUGUCAAUCACACAUAGACAACACAGUGAUAACCAUUAUCCCGUAAAGAGCAGGUGGUUUAUUAAUAAGUGAAUGUAUAAUUAUAACCCAACAGGCCGUCAACAGAAUGUUGAUAUACAGACCAACCAUAUCAUACAGACGUGUAGUGUAUUAGGCCUGCAUAAAGCCAUAACAUUAAUUACAGUUUGUAUCAUUGUAUACGGUACAUUAUAUUUUUUACACAAUUAUUUUGCAGUUUUAUGUAGUUUUAUUUUAUUGCCUUUAACUAUCUUUAGCAAUUACUUUUCUUUUGUAGCGGUACUUUGAGUAGUCUACUUUAUAAACAAGAAGUAAUAAUGUCGGACAGUCACGCUUCUUAUGGGGAAGUAAUCAAUAAUCGAUAUAUUAUUUUUUCUCCUUAUAUAAUUUAUUGAAAUAUAUUUCUGCUAUAAUGUUAUCAUAAUUGUCUUAACUUUUAACUUAUUAUUGUUGUUGUUUUUUUUUAUUAGAAAAAAAUGUAAAAUUAUUUUUCUUUUACCGAAAUAUUGGUAAAGUGAACAUGUUACGAACUUUCUUUGAAUCAACUGGAGACUUGAAGCAGCGUAGAAGAAAAAUGUUUUAUACUGUCUGUCCUCCUAAACAUUAUUAAUGUAGUGGCGUAGCUAGCAAUGUGCGGGUGGUGCGGGCCACACGGGGCAUCAAAUGGCUCGGGGCAUCAAACUAAGGAUACAUUUUCUCAGUAAAAACAACACAUUGUAAAUAUAUGAAAAACAUAGUGUACUGUAUUUGAAAUGUUAACUACAAAUUGAAGUAUUUUGCUACUUUGUUCAUCUCCUAUGGUCUUU